GCAAAGAUACAAAUCUAAUAGUUUUAUUUAACUUGUUAAAUAAUUGCGUAUAAAAACAGACACACAAUGUUUGCUGUUGUUAAUCAUGUGUUGAUGAUCAUAUAGUUUUGCAUAUGUAGUCUUCCUGUAGUCACUUGUUUCUCUGUUAUUUAGGUUCUGGUGAUCUACCUCUGAAACGUGAUGGGAAUUCAUCACAGUUAUUGUAUGUUAAUGGUUUGCCAAUCAUUGUUUUUUUAAUGAAAGAGUUUGACAACAAGCACUUUUACUAUCAGCAGAAGUAACAAAAGUAAAUUACAACGUGCGAUUUUGAUGUCCAAAUAUUGACUUUUAAAUGAGGACACUGCUCUCCUCAAACUUGACACUACAGCUGUUUUAAAGUGUCAAUAAGAAUGUUUUAAUAACAUUAGAAAAAAUGCUUUUUUGGUAUAUGUAAAGUUUGCCAUAGUUUAUGUUUACUGGAUGUAUUGGUACUAUUUAUAAUCCCAUAAACACGAAUCAAUCUCAAUCACAUACUGUGCAAUGGUACUUUUCAUUUUAAUUCUUAAGAUCUUAACAUUUAAAAUAUUUUAAGAUUAGCUUAAAUCUAAAAAAUAUACAACAUCUACAACAAAUAACAACAUUCCACUUUUCACUAUUGUAUAGUUAUAGUUUACAAAUGUAAUAUUGAUGUAUAAAAAAUGAAGUAUAUAAAAUGCAAUUUUAUAUAAAGCAACUGUUUGUGUAAAUAACUGUACUUUUUAAGGUGAAGAGUAAGUAACUAAAUACACCAGCAUUGCACUUCUACAUCGUGUACAAUCGAACUUGGCAUUUCUAGGUUAUGUCAAUGUCAUGCGCUUUUCUGUCACUAGGGAGAGAUGUUUGAACCCUCAAACACACACACACAUCUGCUCUUACACACACAAACACACACACACACAACGUCCAGCCACAGCAGUCUCACUCACUGCAGCACCGUCCCGUCACGGGAUGGAUGAACCGCACGCGUCACGUCAGGGGCUGGGAAACGGUCCCGGCGCGAGCGCGCACAUGCACGGGCUGUUCACGGACGCGGAGACCGGGCAGGUCACAUACUGUCUGGAACUGACGGACGGCUGCCUCGCGGUCCAGAGGAUUACCUAUAGCCCUUCAUCACCAGAGCGACUGGACCUGCGCGACUGCGCCGGGAGCCGCGCGUACCAAGGAGAGAGCGACCGGACCGCGUAUCUGUGCGCGUAUUUCUACCCGUACCGCUACCGAUGGAUGGGUUCGAGUCCAGUCCGGCACAGGGACGAGCGGCGCUUUCGGCUCGUGCUUAACGCAGAUGAUGAUAAUGAUGAUGCGCAAGCUAACCUGCGCGAGGCGGAGCGUUGGGCUCGAGCCAUCCGAGACAACAGCGCGCGCUGCGCCGGACACGCAAGCGGUGUGUUGUUUUCUGAGGGGCGUCGCUCAUGUGGUGUGAUGGUAUUGGUCAAUCCUCAGAGUGGGUGGGGUCAAGCAAUGGCUCUCUACAACAGUCAUAUCCAACGGAUGCUCACAGAGGCGGGUAUACAACACACACUGGUCAUCACAGAGAGACAGAAUCACGCACGAGAGAUGAUGAGAAACGCUGACCUGACGCAGUGUGAUGCUAUAGUUAUUCUGUCUGGAGACGGGCUGCUCUUUGAGGUGGUGAACGGUCUAAUGGACAGGCAGGAUUGGGAGAAGGCCAUCCAGACUCCUGUGGGAAUUCUGCCGGGAGGUUCUGGAAAUGCACUCGCCGCAUCUGUUCAUCAUUACACACGAAAGCCUCAGGUGUGGGGUGAAGAUCUGUUGGUGAGCUGUGGGUUUGUGCUCUGUAAGGGUUUGACCUCUAAACUGGACCUGAUCUCCGUCCAUCUGUCCUCCGGCGCCCGUCUGUUCUCCUUCCUCUCCAUCGCCUGGGGCUUCGUGGCCGACGUCGACAUCGAGAGCGAGCAGCUCCGUCUCAUCGGCCCUUUUCGCUUCAUCGUGGGCACGCUGGUCCGCCUGGCGUCUCUGAGGACCUACCGCGGUAAACUGGCGUUUCUCCCCGUUACAGACAAUCUGGAGACGGAUGUGUCACAAGCACAACAGACACACAAUAACCGAACAAGCUAUAAGAGCUCUGAGCACAAUCCCUCGGAACAGACGCGUCUGGUGGAUCAUCUCCUCGUGCCGCUGGAUCAGCCCGUUCCUCAGAGCUGGACGGUGGUGGAGGAGCAGGAGUUUGUGCUGGUUGUAGCCAUGUUUCAAUCAUACUUGGGUGAGGAUUGGUUAGUGGCCCCCAGCGCUUGUACAGACGACGGCGUGAUUCAUCUGUUUUACAUGACGGCCGGCAUCUCUCGGCCCGCUAUGCUCAGACUCUUCCGGGCCAUGCAGAGCGGGACGCACAUGGAGUGCGGGUGUCCUCAUUUGGUGUACAGACGGGCGAAGGCUCUGAGACUGGAGCCGGAGACCCGGCCGGGAAUCAUCACCGUGGACGGGGAGCAGGUGGAAUACGGACCCUUGCAAGCGCAGGCACAUCGGGGGGUGGCCAGACUCAUUACCGGAUGACCUCUGACCUCCAGGACAUGUUUAGAAAUACAGGAGUAAUGUUAGACGAAGCACAUACAGUAUAGAACCGCACAACCUGUCAAAGUUUGACAUUUGAUUAAAAAAUGUUUCGUGAAUGAAUCUCACCAAUACACGUCUGGGUCACAUUUCCCCACGAUAUUGAAAUUAACGAAAAUAAAUAGUUAUUAUGAGAGCAGAGGGGAAAAUAUAAAUACUUAGUAAGCACUGUUUUUGGCUUAUAAAUGUUGUAAACCUGGAUUACUGGUUUACCAGUUUUCUUUCUGAGAAGUACAUAAAAUUAGAAUGAAAGACUUUCUAAUUUUUAGUUGAAAAGAAGACUAAUAGCACACGUGAAUAAACUUCUUAAUUUGAAAUAGUAAGAUUGUUAUUUUAUUUGUGGUGAAAUGAGACCUUGAUGAGUUUGAGAAUUUCAUCUUCCGUCUGUUGUCUCCAGGUGAUUGUGUUAUGCUGGAAUUUCUGUCGGUGCAUCAAUCUCGAUUUUUCAGAAGUGCCAAUGUGAAACAAAAUGUUAAAGUUGUUUAUUUUUCUACAGUAAAGCAAAACUUGUUACGUUUGUCCACUGUUAAACUUUGCUGUUGUUUUUGCAGCAGGUUUGCCUGACUUUCUGUAGAUUUAACUACUGCUUAGCAUACUUUCCAAUUAAAACUGUUUAAAUUUACUUUAAUCAAAAUUAAAACACUUUGACUUUCGAGGUUCAAAAUGAUCAAGAAGAGACUGGCAUUAGCACAGCAACACUGUAAAAAAUGACAUUCUUCCAAAGCAUGUUUCUCUUGUUUUCUGUAAAAAUAUUUAAAAUUUCUUAAAUUACGAUACAUUACAUAACAAGAAAAGUGACCCAAGAUAUUUAGUCUUGUUUUAUGAAAGACAAUUACAUGAACUAGGUAAGUUUAUUCUUAAUUAUUUAGUUGUACAUUAAGUUACUGGCAAACCUGGUUUGAAAUUUCAGUAAAGUUUUACAGUCUGGUUAUUCAAGAUUGUCUGAAUUUGGUGUGAUUGUCAGAAUAUGUCUCAAUUGGAUGUGUGCGUGAGGUUAGUAUAUGUCAUCGGUUCUGUGUGUCCUCAAGCGUGAUGCUACACUACACAAUCAGACUCCAGGACUGAUCAUGUGACACAAAACAUGCCAAGGAUGCUCGUGAUUAUUCCUGAAGUCAAAUCAUGUGAACACACGUACACAAUAUAUAAUUGUAAAAUAUACUGUGACAAUUUCCUUCCUAUGUUUUGUAUUAACAACACAAAGUCAAGUUGAGCAUUUUGUUGAACUUUCUGUAUCAAUCAGAAGACAAUUGUUCUGGAAGCCCAUGAAAUUCGUUUUUUAUUCUGGAUGAAUGUUAUAUGCUGGACUACAACACUACACUACUACAACCUUGUAAUACAGCACUACGCAGACUCUUUCUCUCAUUUACUGCUACUAAAAGGUUUCUGACAUUUUAUGAUUGACCUGCGAAAGCUUAAUGGAUUUCUCUAGAAUUGUAAUGUUCAAAAGACAUUCAUAUACAAUCCAGCUCAAAAGAAAAAGUACUUUUUUACUUAGUAUUUUUUUGUUUGUUUUACAGUACAAAUUCUUAAAUCAAAAUACUCAAAGACUUCUUAAAGUGAUAGAUUAGCCACAAAACAAAAUUAUUUCAGCAUUUAUACACCCUAAACCCGGAACACAAAACCACAUUUUCAAAUUCUUAAAAUAUUCUUAUUUUUAAAGCUUGAAAAGAAAAAAGAACUGGCAAUAGGCUAAAUAAAUCUUGUUUUCCCUUUGAAUUAAAUAUAUUAUUACUUACCCAUUCGCUUAUAUUUCUUUGUGUAAAUAUAAACUUAAUUUUUAUACAUUUUUGACUCAAUAUCUCAGACAUUUAGCUUUCUAAGUAAAUAUAUCUUGAUUUAAGAAUUAUAUUUGUACUGAAAAACAACAAACAAAAUUUUUUUUUUUAGUAAGACCACCAUUUUUCUGUGUUGGUUUAUGAUGGUUUGGUGCUGGUCUGGUUAGUAUGUCUGGCCGUAAAAUCCAGUCCGUCUCUGGGCUGUAACAUUAUUGUGCUUUAUAAACUAACAGAGCAAAUACAGAUAGAAGAUGAAAUGUUUAAAGCCACAGAGAGCAGUUUUAAACUGUUUUUUUAAUUUGUUGCCUUAAACUUUUACUCUAGGUUGUUUAAUUUUAAUCUUUUUUUUAAACUAGUUGAAACUGGUUUUGAUGAGUCGGAGUGAUGUAAGACAUUUAAACAGUUGAAAUAAUAUUUAAACCCAGUUUGAUUGUACUUCAUAUUUUGGGUAGAAAAUGACAGUUGGGUUUUUGACAGUGUACCCAAACACACUAGACUGAUAAAGAAAAACCUGUCUGAUAAUGAGACUUAAUAAUAAUAAUAAUAAAUAAUAUGAUUUUAAGAUGUUUUUUUUUGUCAUUGGGGUAUAGAAAAGGAUCACUAAAAUCUUAGUCUGUGUGUCUGAUAAUUAUUUUCUGAAUACAUGCUAUAUUAUUUUUGAGGAGAGGUUUUAUGAGUAUACUUUUUGCACAAUGUCUGACUUGAAGUAAAUUCUGCAGCAAAAUGUUACAAUCUAAAAUGAAGGUUCUUCGAUUUGAUUCAGAUUCUUCAAUAGUUAAAUAAAAUUGCUGGACUGCUGUUUCAAUAGCACAACGUGUGUACUUGAAAUCUGUAUAUAAAUGGAUUCUAUUUUUUCCAAAGUCAUGGGUUAUUAAUAAAC